ACAAAACUUUAAGCUAUAACGCACUAUAUAUACCACCACUCCGCCCACGAGGCCAUGGCCACCGCUUGCUCUCUCCUCUCCCCUCUCUCUCUCCUCCGCAUCUCCUCCAAAUUCCUUUCGGUCCCGCGCAUCCCCGUCCUCGCCAUUCGCGCCCAAUCCAAGAGAUUUGAUCGAUUUCGCCCGUUGUUCUCGUCGUCCAUGGCGAGCUCUUCGGAUUCGAAGGAGGCUCCUGCGAACAACCCCGGUCUCCGAUCGGAGCCCGACGAGGCCACCAAAGGUUACUUCUUGCAGCAAACGAUGUUUCGAGUUAAAGAUCCUAAAGUGAGUCUUGAUUUCUACUCUCGUGUGUUGGGGAUGAAGUUAUUGAAGCGACUGGAUUUCCCUGAAAUGAAGUUCAGCUUGUAUUUUCUUGGCUACGAGGAUACUGCAUCAGCACCAGCUGAUCCAGUUCAGCGAACUGUGUGGACCUUCUCACAGAAGGCUACACUUGAGCUCACCCACAACUGGGGUACAGAAACUGAUCCUGAAUUCAAAGGUUACCACAAUGGGAACUCAGAGCCUCGUGGCUUUGGUCAUAUUGGGAUCACUGUUGAUGACACAUACAAGGCAUGCGAGCGAUUUGAAUGCCUAGGAGUGGAAUUUGUGAAGAAACCUGAUGAUGGCAAAAUGAAAGGCAUAGCGUUCAUCAAAGAUCCCGAUGGCUACUGGAUCGAGAUCUUCGACCUAAAAAGAAUCGGCGAGGUGACUGUCGUCGCAUCAUGAGACCAUAUUUAGAGCUCAUAAUACAUUACUACCUGUUUCGGUAUUUUGCCUGCGACUAUUCUUGUUGUACUAAUUUCCUGUUAUGAAAUAAAUUAGCCUCGAUUGUUGGAUGGCCCGCUAAGAUUUGAGUCAUUUGAAAGAAGAACCAUUAAGCUGUUGCCUUAAUCUUCUAACAUGAUCUUGGUUGAAUCCAUGAGCAUAUCCUAUUUGUAGGUUUUGUCACAUCUCAUCCUAUUAAAUUUCUCAGCAAAUUGCUCGGGUCA